AUGGCCAACCUUGUGGAAGAAAGAGAUUUGGUUGCUAUGAUCACUAAAGGAGUUCAAUGCAUGCACAUUGGUAUGAUCACAGAACUAAACAUGGCAACAUAUGAAAAAUCCCAUGAGUGGUGGUUAGAUUCUGGUGCUACUGUUCAUGUUUGCAAUGAUCACAAUCAAUUCAAGAUAUAUGAAGAAGUGAACAACCAAGAAGUAUUAAUGGGAAAUGACAAUUCGGCCAAAGUGUGUGGUCAAGAAACAGUAGAGUUGAACUUUACAUUGAGAAAGAAGUUAAACUUGGUGAAUGUACUUCAUGUUCCAGAUAUAAGGAAGAAAUUAGUUUUUGCUAGUCUCUUAUGUAAAAGAGGAUUCAAAAUUGUGAUGGAAUCUGAUAAGAUUAUCUUGCUUAAGAAUGAUAUGAUGGAAGCUUCUAAUUCCACUUCCAUGAAUGAGGAAAAACAGGCUUUGGUCCAGAGUGGCUGGUGGAAUGAUUACCUCAAUAUCUCAAACCAUUGUCUUUGGGGAGGUAUCAAAUGCAAUGAAGUUGGAAGUGUUAUAGGGAUUUACUCAGGGGAUUUAAAUAUUCAUUAUCCAUUAUCAGAAGAAAUGAAGCAGAUUAAGAAGUUGAAUGUAACUUCCUUCCCUAAUAUAGUCAUUCUAAGUUUAUCUGGAAUGGGUCUUAUGGGAAGCAUUCCUCCAGAAAUAACCACGCUUACAAAACUUGAAUUUCUUUACCUGUCAGAUAAUUACCUUCAAGGUCCUAUACCUCUACAUCUAGGCAAUAUGACAAGUUUGAAGAUAUUGUCUCUCUAUAACAAUUCACUAACAGGUUCAAUCCCUUGUACAUUAAGUCGGUUGAUGAAUUUAACCUAUCUCUAUCUUGAUUUAAACCAACUUGAAGGUCUCAUACCAAUAGGAUUAGGGUAUUUGACACAAUUGCAGGAAAUAUAUCUGUCACAUAAUUCCUUUACCGGUUUAAUCCCACAUACUUUGGGUUUAUUGAAGAAUUUGACCCACCUCUUCCUUGAUUCUAACCAAAUUGAAGGUCCCAUACCAAUAGGAGUAGGGAACUUAACAUCAUUACAAUACUUAAAUCUUUCAAGUAACUCCCUUUCUGGUUCAAUACCAUCACAGAUUUCAAAAGCUUUCAGUCUUUCAUAUCUAGACCUUUCCCACAACCACCUCACAGGCUCUAUCCCAUCUCCUAUCCUGAAUUGUCCACUUGAUGCAACAGUGGAUUUAAGCUGUAACUUGUUAAAUGGAAGCAUCACUUCCCAAAUUGGUUGUGUCACUAACCUUAACCUUAGUCAUAAUUUUUUCAGCGGCCAGGUUCCAUCUGUUUUUGGAAUAAAUUCUAUGGUGGAUAGGUUGGAUCUUAGUUAUAAUAAUCUCACAGGUAAGUUACAUAAGGAACUUGCUACUUUAGGAUAUAUAAAUCUUUCAUACAAUUUCUUUGACUUUUCAGAAAACCUUGACUCAAAGUCUCAAUUACCAGACUUUUGUUCUUUCUCAAAAAAUGCACUUAUCACUUACGACCCACCAAAUUACACAGCUUGUCAUUAUGUCCACCAAACCAAUUCUCAAACUGGUACAACAACUAGUAAAGUUAAGACUAUCAUUGUAAUUUUUCUUCCUAUCACUUGCAUCAUUCUUUCUGUACUUGCAACAUUAUAUUUCCUAAAGUGUAUGAACAAGGCUAAAUUUGAAGGAAGAUCAACAAAGAAUGGAGACCUGUUUUCAAUAUGGAACUUUGAUGGUAAAAUUGCAUUUGAAGACAUCAUUGAAGCAACUGAAGACUUUCACAUCAAGUACUGCAUUGGGACUGGUGCAUAUGGAAGUGUGUAUAGAGCUCAAUUACCAAGUGGCAAAAUUGUUGCAUUGAAAAAACUUCACCAAAUGGAAUCUCAAAUCCCAUCUUUUGACAAGAGUUUUCGCAAUGAGGUCAAGAUGUUAACAGAAAUCCGUCACAAAAAUAUUGUAAAGCUCCAUGGCUUUUGUCUCCACAAUCGGUGCAUGUUUUUGGUUUAUCAAUACAUGGAAAGAGGUAGCUUAUUUUGUCUCUUGAGCACUGAUGAGGAAGCUAAGGAGUUAAAUUGGAGUGAGAGGGUGAAUAUCGUUAGGGGAAUGGCACAUGCUUUGUCCUACAUGCAUCAUGAUUGUAACCCACCUAUUGUUCAUCGUGAUGUAACAAGUAGCAAUGUUUUAUUAAACUCACAAUUAGAGCCCUUCAUCUCAGAUUUUGGCACAGCUAGACUACUUGAUCCUGAUUCUUCAAAUCAAACCUUAGUAGUUGGAACAUACGGAUAUAUUGCUCCAGAGUUUGCUUACACAUUGACUAUAACAGAAAAAUGUGAUGUUUAUAGUUUUGGAGUUGUGGCAUUGGAAACAUUGAUGGGAAGACAUCCAGGAGAGUUUAUCUCAUCUUUAUCAAACUCAUCUACGGAAAACAUGUUGUUGAAGGAUUUGUUGGAUUCACGUCUUCCUCUUCCAAGCUUUCAAAAAGAUGCUCAAGAUAUAAUGAUUGUGGGAACACUAGCAUUGGCAUGCUUGUGUUCUAAACCAAAGUUUAGACCAUCAAUGCAACAAGUGGCUAAAGAACUAUGUUCUUCCAAACUUUCACUACCUUUGCCUUUCAGUGAAAUUUCAAUUAAUCAGUUGAUGACUCAAGAUAUACUGUCUUUCAUUUGA